AUGUCACUCACAUUUCGUGAUAAAAACCCCUCAAAGCGAAGCAGGUCGCGCUCCCCCUCGAAGGGCCGCCCCGAAAAGAUACGCUAUGUUGACGACACAAAUCAUACCCGGCCUCGCAUGAGAAAGGACAAUAGUAGCUCUCAGCAGCCAUGGAGCAUGAAAGAGCAGGCACGGCUAAAUCUACUGCAAGAAGAUGAGCAAAUGCGACAUUGGGUUGCGCAAGAGGAUGACUUUGUGCUCCGGCAAGCCAAAAAGAAGGCUGAGAUACGGGUAAAGGAAGGGCGAGCGAAGGCCAUUGACUGGCUCACAAUAACUCUACGCGUUAUCGACCCGACCAGAAAUCCGCUCGACGAUGAAAUUCCAGACUCGGAUCUUGAUUUGAUUGAUCCAGAUGGCGUUUUUGAGGGAUUGUCCGUUUCCCAACUAACUAGCCUAGAGCAAGAUAUCGAGACCUUCUUGAAGCUUGAAACCAACCUGGAAAAUCGGGAGUAUUGGAUGACUAUGAAAGUAAUUUGCAAUGACCGAAAGCAAAAAUCCGAAUCGUCAGCACCUGAAGAUCGAGUUGUCGGCUCCGUUGCUGCCGAUAUCAAUAAACUCCUUUGCCCAAAAACCUACGAAGAGCUUGUGACUCUUGAGACGCAGAUACGAAAAAAAUUGAACUCAAGGGAACCUAUUGACACGGACUACUGGGAGCAACUACUGAAGAGCUUGACUGUCUGGAAAGCCCGCGCGAAACUAAGACGUGUCUUCCAGGCUGUUAUCAAGGGGAGAUCUGAAGAGCUGCAGAAACAGCAGCGGGAGGAAGCGGAACAUUUGCAGGCAAAACUUGCUCCUCUUGCGCCGUAUGCUGACGUUGAAAAUGCCCAACGAGCCGAGCCACCUAAUAAAAAUUUGGAUCCUGAUCCACUAUUGCAGCUUCAGUCUCAUGACAGGAGCCUUGUGAUAUUUGAUGAAGAAUCUUUUCUUUUCCAGGUGUUUUCUGAACGAAAAAAGAUAUUAAAAAUGGGUUUUGUGCCAUUACGUCAACGAUCCACUGAUAAGAUAACGCCCGCCAUUUCGAAUACGCUUCCAUCGUCGACUGUAUCUGCAGUUGCACCACGCUUUCUUUCGGCACCGAAUGACGAUUUCUCCCAAGCCACAAAGGCUUUAUACGAAAGGGAGGUUGCGCGGGGGAUCAACGAAAACGAGGAAAUUUUCGCUGGAGAAGAAGUUGUCAAUUCCCCAGUAAAGCCGGCUUGGGCCAAUAAAUAUCGUCCUCGUAAACCGCGCUACUUUAAUCGUGUCCAGAUGGGCUACGAGUGGAAUAAAUAUAAUCAAACACAUUACGACUAUGAUGACCCCCCGCCGAAAGUUGUUCAAGGGUACAAAUUUAAUAUAUUUUACCCUGACCUCAUUGAUAAAACUAAAGCUCCAACUUAUAAAAUAAAACGUGAACAUGGAAGAAAACGCGGCCAGUCCUUCGCUGCUGCGGGAGAAGAAGAUACGUGCAUCAUUCGUUUCAUUUCAGGCCCACCAUAUGAGGAUCUCGCCUUUAGAAUUGUAGACAAGGAGUGGGAUUAUAGUGCUAAGCGUGAAAGAGGGUUCAAAAGCACAUUUGAGAAGGGCAUUUUGCAGCUACAUUUCCAGUUCAAGAAGGUUUACUAUCGCAAGUGA